CAGAAGUAAAGCGUUGGCUUGGUGAUUGAAGCACUCGGAUUUCUAAAAGUGGAUCGUAGAUCCAAACGUCGUUCUACGUACUUUAUUUUAUAGAGCCAAGUGUUAUUACUAACCACUACACAGUUUGACUUGAAUUGGACUACGUAAAAAUAUGGUCAAAAUGCAGGUUUGAAACCUGCCUCAUGUAUUUGCAUACGUCAGGCCCACAUACAUUAGAGGGAUGUGUAACCUUCACUUGGUUCCUGAGUUAAGUUGACUCAUCAAUACUGACAUUCCUUCUAUAUUAUUGUCUCUGAUGUCAGCAUUUCCCACUUGUUACUUGUACAGUACAUUUAGAAUGUUACAAACGUGACCAUUGUUGUCAAAUAAAUGUGCGUAAUAAAUGAUUAAAAAUGGGUAUUUACAACAAUCGCUAUGUAUAUGUAGGAUGGCCUUUAAUCUGUCAAACAGUAUAGUGGUCUUGGGCUGUACUUAAAAAACAUGUAUCUAGAACAAAUAAAUAAUAUAUUUGUAAUAUCCCAAUGAGUAGAAAAAUUAGAUUUUCUGACGUUUCGUGGCUUAGUGUAAGUCACUUCUUCAGAGAUUAAAUAACAAUCUACCCAAUGCACAAUUUAUUCGAAACUAUCAAAUCAAACCUUGGUAAUGAUACCUACAAACUCAUGUAUCUAGAACGUUUACUGACAUCAUGGAAGGUCUAUGCGUAUUGAAGACGUACAACCACAUUUUUUAUAGUUCUAAAUCAGUUUUUUGUUGUAUUAAGAUUUUUAUGCUAUAAAAGUUACUUUUUUAUUAGUAAUAAUAGUAAUACUAAUGACGAUAAUAAUAACAAUAAUAAUACAACUAACCCAUUCACCAAGUAACGUGUAUGAGCGUCACUUAGUGUGAAGGCCAAUGGUAUUACCUGCUUGCCCAAACUGUAGGUGGAGUCGGGGUUCGAACCAGCAACUAAAUCCCAGGUUUAAACCCCAACUCACCUACUUCACACUGGGCCACUAAGUAGUACUAUUAGCUCACACUUAGAAUGUCAUUCCUACCCAAGUACUUGGUGAAUGAGUGUUUUCUCAACGGUAAUGUAAAUAAUAUUAAGCACUGUGUGUAUAUUUUUUCCACAUAUAAAUUUCCAUAUCUUUACAAUUCUUUUCUUUAUUCAUGAGUAGUUUUUGAUCAUGUUUACGUUCUUUUUGUUUGAAAAAGUAACUUUUCUUUUUUAAAGGACCUCUUCUGUAUAGUCAAUUAACAUCUUAUUUAUUAUCGGAGGAAGAUUUGUUAGCAAAUGGUUAUCCUCUCGAAUUAGUAGAAAAUGACACAAUUAUUCGUGGGAAGGCUGCUCUGUGUUUACCAGAACAUAAGAAUCAGUUAUAUGGUAAUUGUCAAUCUAACGAACGAGUAUGUUGUCGUUGUGGUACACGAUUUCUUGUUGAUGAAUAUGGAUACUCUUUAACUCAGGGCGAAUGCAUUUACCAUUGGGGUAAAGCUGUGAAACAACGAAGUAAGUAGCUAAGGUUAUAUAUAUAUCAGUUUCUAAUUGUUUAGUUUGGAGUUCGGUUUCAUGUUAUAAUCUGGUAUUACUUAUCCAUUGUUAUUAAAUUUCCGAGUAUUGGGGGAAUCACUUCAACUCUAUUUUCUUUGGAUUAAACUAAUAAGUAGUGUUUAUUUGUCACUAAUUCAAUAAAUAUAUCCUAAUUCUGUGUGUAGUAGUUACGUAUUUUUGAAUUAUGUUAUCAUUGGGACCAUCGAGUAAGUAACGCGGUUGUUAGGAAACGGGUACUAGGUAAGGAUGGCAAAUCCAUUGAUCAAGUAGUGAAAUUUCAUCAAUUGAGAUGGCUGGGACACGUGUUACGUAUGCCCAACCACCGACUGCCUCGACGUGCGAUGUUCAGUGGUAUAGGAGUAGGUUGGAAGAAAGCUAGGGGCGGCCAGACCAAAACAUGGCACAAGUACAUAAAGUCACUGACGAAUGGACUGAGUCAUGUUGGUAGGUGUAGACUACCUGGUUGGGGACCGCAAGAUGAUCGCAACGGAUGGUUAGAGACCCUGAAUGACAUGGCUCAAAAUUGUCUGCAAUGGCGCGGGCGCAUCUACUCGUUGUGUUCUCCCAAAUUCUAAUCUUCUGAUUCCUCCUUGUCUCUUUUUUUUCUCUCCCCAGAUUUAUUUCACUGGAUUAUACUCUUUAAAUAACAUCUCCAAACCCUAAUCUUUCCGAUUACUGCUUAUACUCUUACUACCUCUUCCAUUACGGGAUUCGAAUCGGCAACUGCAUCUUUGUGCUAAUGUGGUAUGGCAACUCGAACUGAUGUACGUACGUACGAAGUUCUACGUUGUUACUGACUGACUGACUAUCAUUGGUAGUAUAACUCAACCGUAUUGCCAAAUUCUCUACUUGUUUGCUGAAGUUUGUGUAUUAUAUCGGACUGCAUUUUAAAGCAAUUAGAAAUUACGAUUCAUAAACAAUUAUUAUCUUAAUAGUUUACUUCGGUAACUAAACUAUAAGCAUGAUUUCUGUUUGUUAUAUUAUAUAUUUAAAUUAGUCAUUGGGAAAUUGAAAUAUCAAGACCCAUAAUUACAUUGUGUGAUCUGUUUUGAGAUAACUCUUCAAAUUAACAAGUGGUAAAUGUAUGUGACUAAUAAAAUAGUCUGGAAGUUUUGGCAAUUUCCUCUUUCAAUUAAAAUUCUUCAUUCUACUUGUAUUACUGUACAUCCAAUUUUAAGUUUGAGAAAUAGAUAGAAUCAAGAAUCCUUUGAUUAGUUCACUGUUCUUUUUAUAUCGUGUUUCAUAUUUCAUAAUCUAACCAUAUUAUCAGUCACUAAAUAUUUAUAUUGGGUGCAAAAAUGCUAAUUGAACAUUUCACAAUGUGAUUAUCAAAAAUAUAUGUACUCAUGUUUGUCAUUUAACAAUAAUACCUACUAGUGUUGCAAUAUUAGUAAUUCCUGGAAAUGUGGUCUCAUGUCUGUUCAGUUUUCGAAUCAAUGAUGUCAGUGCGUUGUUCUCUCUCCUUUCCCACUUAAUCAUUGAGGCCUCAAAUGGCGGAGAAAAUAUGAGUAUCUUAAAGGUUCUAAAUGAGUUUUUUGGUAAAUUCUCAUAAACCACACCUAGAUAGAUCUGUUACUUAUUGUUUUCAUUUGACUGUGGUAUACUAUAUACGUAUAGCAUCAUUUUACUAUUUAGCCAAAUUGGACUCAUAGUUUAGUUCUCUCAGUUAAAAAAUGUUAUAUUUAGUCUCUUUAAAUCCUUAUUCUUUGCUUUCUGUGGGAACAUAUAGAUUAUUUACCAUCGAAAUGUUUAAUUACAUAUGUAUAUUCUGUAAUUAAGUGUAUUUCUUUUCAUAGCUUGGUUCCAUUUUCUUUCGUCUACCUGUAAUAAUUUGAUACGUAUCGUGUGAUUGACUACCUAAUGAUUAUUUGAUUAAUAGCGUCGCAUAAAAUAAUUUAAACAAUAACUCAAGAUGCAAACUGAUUUUUGUGAAACUGUUAAAGUUAUGCAUUUUUUAUCAUUAUUAUCCUUAAUAUAAAUAUUUGACAUCUAUGAACAAGUUUUGAGCGUAAGUGUCAAUUUAACAACUACUGAUUCUAGUUUCUUUUCCAAUUAUGAAAGAGGUUCUAAAAAAGUGCAUGAGGCCCCCUAACACUUUUUAAAACAGUAAAAUAUCGAAACCAGUUACGGAAAUUAAAACCUUACUUCAUACAAGACAUACAAAUCUCUUUCAAAUACUACAUUUUUAACAAACCAAACCCCUCCACCUAAACUAACACCUAUAGUUCGGUUGUAGUUGGUAAGCUUGUCAUUUCUAAGGACUAAGUUAUCAUACUGACAUUGCUACUGAAAAGCGUUGUUCGAGGCAGAUUUUCUGUAGAUAUGUAUGAAGUUAGGAGAAAAAGCGGGGGAUACCCAAGAUAUGUUUUGUCGAGUUACAUUGUGUUACCAAUCCUGCCUUCUUUAGCUGCCUGUGUAUUGAAAACGAUCAAAGUCGAUCACUCUUUUUAAAAAUUGAUUGUUAACAGAUUUAUAGCGAACAAGAUAACACUUCUUAGGAAGCUAGAUACUGAACAAAGUACUUGUAAAUGGUGUAUGUAUUUAUACUAAGAUAGACUGAUCUCGACAUAAAUGCGUGGUUGAUAAUCUUGUCUAGGUAAAUAAUAAUCCGCAACUUGAAUCUAACUUACUAUCUAAGCUUGAAUCGUUACGUUAAUCAAUAUCAGUAAAAGAUUUCACUUUUUCCGUAGAAAUUCUAAGAAUCCCAGAUCUGUGGAACAAUGUUGUUAUCUGCGAACAUUUGUUUUUCAAACUUGUAUAAUCAAGAUACAAAUAUAACACUUCUAUAUGUGGUUAUUUUGAUGGGUAUAUGACUACUAACAUUUUCUGUUUGUCAAAUUCGUCUAAAACUAAUGAGAUUGUCUUCAUGUCUCUACUAUAUGGUUUUGUUAAAAUAAAUGAAUCUUCAGGGGUUUGUUUGAAAUCAAUUGGUUAAGAAUGUGAGUCGGUAUUUCCCCCUAUAUAGUACAAUUAUGCUUGCGAUUUAAUCGGUUGGUUGGAACUAGUACAUACUAAUAACCCAUUCGACUUAACACUCAUUAUCUUUAUUUUAAUAUUUAUCUAUUUGAUUCGACUUUCUUUCUAAAAAUCACUAAUUCCAAGAUUAUCUACUGAUUUUUAUUUUUAAAAACCCCAUUGCAUGAAUAACAUAUUUCAGACAUAUGUAGUUUCUAUACAGGCAGACCAGACCACAUCACAGUUGUACUAGAUCAAGCGGAAAGUGACUGUCAAUGUGAGACACUGUAACUAAUAGAUUACGAAUACAUUAAGAAUAGCGAAUCGUAUAAUAGAAACCAAUAGGUCAAAUGAGAGUUUAUGAUAAAAAAAAUAUAUUUUUUAUGAAAUAUCAAUUUCGGCCAAGUAAUUAGCGACAUCUAGUCGUUUUUAGUUAUUUCAACACAUCAAUUACAAUUGAUUGAAAAAUAUCUUACAUUUAUUCAGCUGUUUAAUGAUUACCAGCACAAUUUGUGCAUUUAUUUUUUGACUACUUCUGAUAGUUUUCCUUCGAUUAACUGUAUACUGUAGUAGUUACCUUUAAUUGAACCUGGGAACUUGAUCUUUCCUGUUAAUUGUAGUAGUUUUAACCUUAGCCGCAUACCUUCAUAAAAAUGAUUUGGUAAUAUGCUCUCAUAUAUUUCUAUACAGUUGGUUUUUAUAAUAGGUUAAUUUUAUGAUUUGAUCACUCUCACAUUGUUCACCAAUUCAAUUUUAUAUGACCCUACAUCCAUUGGUGUUAGGUCAAUAGAUUGGAUAAUGCUGUGACUUCAGAUUUCCUCUUUCUACAGAGUUUUGUUCAUUCAUUCAUUCAUUCAUUUUUUCCUAUUUCUAAUUGCCCCUAUGAGUUUAAUACAUAAUAAUAUGGAUAUUUUUUGUUGCUUUUAAUUGAAUGUUAUUGUAUUUCCUCUCUAUGAUAUUAUAUAUUUUCACUUAUUAAAUACAUAAUUUUAUUGGUAAUAAACAAACUUAAUAUUUCAAAAUGACAAUGAUAAUGUUAUUCAAAGUUGAAACAUUAGGUAGUAUUAUCAUAGGAUUAAACUAAUAAAUAUAACGUUUCAAUGUUGUUUAUAAAUAAACGGAAUACACCCAUUAUGACAAUAAAUAAGAAAGAAAGAUUAGUUCAGCGAAGAGUUCUCUUUUCGGCGAAUUCAUUUUCAAAGCUGUACAAUCGCAAAUAUAUAUACUUAUUUUUACAGGGUGAUAAUAAUACUGAUAAUAAACUUCUGUUAUACAUGGUGACAGUGAGGUUAAAUAAACAAAGGUAUUAAAAAAAAUUUUUUUAAACAAGGAAAGUUUGGUAGUUAAUGGCUUAAGUAUUCAUCGGGUAAGGAUGGCUCAGCAUGAUAAAAUAACACAAAAUGUUGAAACGGAGAUGAAAUGUAAUCGGAAUGAUCGUGGAAAUAAAAACAAACCGGUUGGGGGUAGAAGAUUUGAAGGGAAGAUGGAAGGUGAAGCAGGUGGUUGUAAAGGAACAAGAGUAUGAAGAAAGAGAAAAAAAUUUAAUACAUUUAGACCAUGGUAAAAGAAGAGGUUGUACCAGUCUCUUUUGUACACAUAAUUCUGGUUUUUUCAAAAUGUAUGGCUAUUGCCUCGGCAAUGCAAAGAAGAUGCAGUCUAAUUGUCUUAGGAAGGCUUCUACUUACCUUGUAGAUGACUUUGAACGCAGAGUCUGUCUGGAUUGAGUGACCUGUGUUCACAAGGUGUUCGAUUAUAGAACUUCUUAUUGAACCGUCGCCUCCUCUUUUUAGCCACGCCGGACAAUGUUCUUGAAUUCUUUUGGAUAAAAUACGCAUCGAACGAUCUAUAUAUUAUUCUCCAGCCGAUCACUGUUCACCAAUAAUCUGAAAGAUAAAUUAUCGCAUCUGACCAACUCAAUGUGCAUUUACCAAUUUACCUGCUCUUGUGGAGCUAGGUAUUAGGUAGUAUUACCACAGGACUAAACUAAUAAAUAUAACGUUUCAAUGUUGUUUGUUAAUGUAGAUCUUUUAGAAAACCAUUUGAAAAUCUAUUCAUCUUGAAAGUAAUUUUCAUACUUUUGUUUUUCAUUCAAUAAUUAUGAUUUAUUUAUUUUUCUAAAUAUUUACAGUAUCUUUUAGUAAGUUCUAUGUAUUUAACUAAUAUAUACAUAUUUUACUUUAAAUCAAAAUACUAUCACGACUUCAUGUCAUCUUUUCAAAAUUUGUGGUAUUAAACAUACAUUUUAUUAAGAUUUAUGAUUGUCACCAUGGAUCUAAUAUAUCUCACUUCACUUCUAAUGAGAUGGCGGUUUAUUGGCUAAAAUUAUUGAUGUUCAACCACUGAAUUUCAAGUUUUAAUCCUUCCAUGCCUACUUAUAGUCUAGACAGCCAAAUGGAGUAUGAUAUUUGUUAUCAUAGAUAAUUAUGACUCAAAGUCCCAGUGCACAAGCUUUUACUAGGUAAAUAGAAUCACUUUACCUUACUUCACUUCUCAUAUAUGUUCAUAUUUUGUGUGUAUAUGACUUCACUGUUUUUGUUCUCCUUACAGGUUUUGGUCAAGGAUUUGAUUUACGAUAUUUAUGUUGUAAUGGUGAUAUUGGUCAACCAGGCUGUCAAAUCUGUCCUAAAGGUCAUGUUCACGAUGCUAAUAAAUGGUUAGAUAAUGAAGGUUUUGUUAUUACAUUGCCACCACUUCCAAAAUCACAAGAAUAUGAUGAAGAUAAUGACAAUAAUUCAAGUUGUAAUGUGUACGCUCUUGAUUGUGAAAUGGUUUAUACAACUGGUGGUUGUGAACUAGCUAGAAUUACUAUUAUCAAUCCAAAACUUCAAGUUAUUCUCGAUGAAUUUGUUUGUCCAGACAAUCCAAUUAUUGAUUGUAAUUCACGUUUUUCUGGUUUAAAAUUAGAAGAUAUAGAACAGGCAAAAUAUCAUAUUACUGAUAUUCAAGCAAAAUUAUUGCAUUUAUUCGAUUCGGAUACAAUAUUAAUUGGUCAUAGUUUAGAAAGUGAUUUAACUGCCCUUAAAUUGAUACAUAAGAAAAUUGUCGAUACUUCUAUUGUAUUUCCGCAUCGUUUAGGUUUACCAAAGAAACGAGCUUUAAGGAAUUUAGUUAGUGAAAUACUUCAACAAAUUAUACAACAAGAUGGUAAGUAGGUUUAUUGGUUUAUGUAUUUGUUAAAAAUGCAACGGAUAACAUAAAUCUUACUAAUUUUGGCUCGUUCUUAAUCUGCUUUACGUUAAUAUGUUUAUUAUAACGAUGAGUCUUUUUUCAUUUUCUUUAAAAUAAACACUAGAUAUCGUCCUUUGGUAUGAAUACACUUCACUAUCAUUAAACUACUGAGGUUUACUGUGACCAUUGACACAUUUGGGCCGACAACAAUUAAUUAUUUUUAUGCAACAUCCGUUAUAAAUUUUUAUUCCGAUUGAUCUUUGAUGCAGCUUUCCUCUAGUUCGAACUUAGAAAGCAAAUAUAACUUUUGUUAUACACUUAUUCAUUAUAACUCAAAACCCAUGAUAUUAUACAUCAUACACCUGGACACAGCAAUUAUAAUGUGUGAGUGACUAUGCCAUAAGUGAAAAUUAAGUUAUGGGUUUGUAAACAAUGAAUACUAACUUAGGGAAGUGUGAUGUUUGUGUAUAAUAAUCAUUGCUGUAUAUAUUAUUGAUCUCUGAAUUAAAAUUACAAUAUGGUACCAUACACUACUAUCACCGUACUCUAUCUUACUUAAGUGCUGGUCCAUUUAUGACCACUAAAGUGUGUAUUGAACAGACCUGUGAAUUACCAGUUCAUACAUUUUAUUUAUUGCUACCAUUUGUAUUUACCGUAGGAAAGUAAGACAUUUAACAAUAGUUUAUGCAUCAACCGAAGUCAUACAAUAUGGGGAAUAUAAAAAUACGAUAACUGAAAGAAAAUUUAAUAACUAUAAAUUAAAAUAAUAAAAGUACUCCCUGUAGGAUCAAAUUAUAUUUGAAAUGGAUUGGAAUAUCCGAUUGUUGAUAUUUUGAAUGAAAUUCGGUCAGUCUCGGUUGGCAUCCAUCUGUUCUAUAUCACCCUAUGUCAUAAUGACUGUUGAGGCCAAUCCGCACAGGAUGCCUAUACGCCAAGACUGAACAAAAUUUCAGUCAAAAUACCAACAAUAGAAUAACCUAGGCCAUUUCAGAUUAAAUUAAAUUUCAAACCGGUCACACAAGUUGAUGGUAGUCACUAGCUAAUUGGGUAGAGCGAUGCCGCUUGAAACAAACGGUCGAAUCCUGUGAUAAACAUCAACCUUAGGAUACAAGUACUUCCAGCUGGCAAGUCCCAGAUACGGCGAAACGCACGUCAUGAAUUCCCGAAGAAUAACCCUUCCUAAAUCCAUUCGGAUAUAAUAAUAGCAAUAAAGUUUCGAGUGAAAUCAUGAUUCAAGUAUAUGGUGUAUUGUAUUUACAAAGUGAGGUAUCCUGAUUUUUAUUUAUUUGACAAUUGCAGGUACAUAUUUUAUGGUAUUAAUGUAAAUAAUUUAUUUUCGUUACUUUUAAUGAAGAGAAUGGUCACAACAGUAUGGAGGAUGCUGUUGCCUGCAUGCAACUUGUUCAACACAAAGUCAAAGAAGAUUUACGUUGUGGAAAGUGGAAUUUUCCUUAAUAAAAUUUAUCUGUGAUUAUACAAUCAAAUAUAAACAUUUUUUGUUUAAUCCAAUUUUCUUAAUACUUUUCAAAAGACUUAUGCACUGAACUUUUCUAUAAAAAAAGACUUACUAAUUACAUUUGUUAUUGUAAAUAUUCACUAUGAUAAGCCUGUAGUUAGGUAAAUAUAAAUACUGAUUUCAUACUUGAAAUUGGAAUUAUCCUUCCCAUUCCUCAUUGUUCUUCUCUUUUUAUUUUGUACUCUUCAGGUCAAUUUACACUGUGAUCGCUAAUAAUUAGGUGAAUACUCUUUGAUUAGUUUAUUUUGUUACAUCGUUUAACAAAAUUUAUUAGUUCUAACCAAAAAAAGAUUAAACCAGUGUGAAAAUGGUUGUUAUCGCGGAUCGGCAUCAG